GCUGCAUUAUGAGCAACAUGACCAGCAGCGACAUUUGUUGUAAUUUUUUCAAUAUGUGGAAAAAAAGCAAAAUAUCAACCAUGUAUUAUCUUAAUCAAGAUGCCAAAUUAUCUAACUUGUUUCUCCAGGCAAGCAGCCCAACGACAGGGACAGCUCCCAGGAGCCAGUCAAGGUUAUCUGUCUGCCCGUCUACUCAGGACAUCUGCAGAUCUUCCAUCCUGCAUGACAUGUCAGAAGAUGCAUUUGAGCACGGCAACCCUGUCAUGGUGCUGAGCCAGGCUAGAAAGGAGUCUGGUCAGAAACCAGUAAAACAGAAGCCUAGGAGGAGGAGGAGGAGGGUCUCUCAGAGAUAUGAGCACUCAGAAGAGCAAGCAAAGGGGAGAAGAAAGGACUUUCACCUCCAGAUCUCAAGUCCCAGGUGGAGAGAACUUAAUACGGACACUUCAGAUUCAUCCUCCACAGAUGAAAGUCACUGGGUUCAGGCAAAAAGGCAGGCUCAGGUUAAAUUCAGACUGUCUCGAAGAAGGAGAAGUAACAAUAAGCCAUGUGGAAGCUUGGCUGGGUCCUCCACGCCUGACAGAAUCGAACUUGUUGAGCUGGGAUCCAAAGGUGAACAGCACCAAGAGCUGAUGGAAUGUGAGAGUCAUUCUUUAAACAUCUGUAAAGGAAAAGUCACAAAGUACCAAGGAUGCAUCUCUCCCCUGCCAAGGGGGUCCAUGGAGAAGAGACCCCCAGGGAACCCUUCAGGGAGUAAAGGCAGACGCUGCCCCAGAGAAUCUCAGCUCUUGCACAAACUUAGGGAGAAAGAAACAAUUACAAAAAGAUUUGCAGAAACGGAUUCCGAUUCUGAAAUGCUGGCAGCUACAGAAGGGGGCGAGCGUGUGGCAGACUUGGGGCUCCGAGUGAGUAGCCCUGCUCAGAAGCCUAUUGAUGUCUGUGAUGAUGGCUCUGAUAAUUUCACAGUGUGCAGAAUCUGUCACUGCGAAGGAGAUGAGGAGAGCCCACUCAUCACACCCUGUCGCUGCACGGGAACCUUGCGUUUUGUCCACCAGUCCUGUCUCCACCAGUGGAUCAAGAGCUCGGACACUCGAUGCUGUGAGCUCUGCAAGUAUGACUUCAUAAUGGAGACCAAGCUCAAGCCUCUUCGGAAGUGGGAAAAGCUCCAGAUGACCACAAGUGAGAGAAGGAAAAUCUUCUGCUCCGUCACGUUCCACGUCAUCGCCGUCACCUGCGUGGUGUGGUCUCUGUAUGUGCUGAUCGAUCGGACGGCAGAGGAGAUCAAGCAAGGUAACGACAAUGGUGUGCUGGAAUGGCCCUUUUGGACAAAACUGGUUGUGGUGGCCAUUGGCUUCACGGGAGGUCUCGUCUUCAUGUAUGUACAGUGUAAAGUCUACGUUCAACUGUGGCGUAGGCUGAAGGCCUACAAUCGUGUGAUCUUUGUGCAGAAUUGCCCAGACACUGCCAACAAACUGGAGAAGAACUUCUCAUGUAAUGUGAACACGGAAAUCAAAGAUGCCGUUGUUGUGCCUGUGCCACAGACAGGUGCAAAUUCACUGCCACCUGCAGAGGGCGCCCCGCCUGAAGUCAUACCGGUUUGAUGGAACUGGAGGGGAACUUCGCCACGGAAGGAUCUUUGCAGCCCUUGCCACAACACUCAGAAAUGCUUCUGCUUUGGUGGCUUCCUUGUCUUCUCCGUUCCCCUACUGACUUGUUUGACCUGACUUGGAGCAAAAAGGAAAUGAGGAGAAAAUAUCAAGUGAGCAAGAUCCCAAGAAGCAGAGCCUGCAGUGGGACCUGGAAAGGUGAAGGGCCUGAGGGAGUGAGUUCGUAAGGAACGCUUGGUACGAGGCUUCCAGCGAAGAAAGAUUGGAUGGACAUGUGAUCCUCUUUCAAUCAGUGCAGAGGGAAUCCCAGAACAGACCUCAGAUGCGGUAUAUGCUUCUUUAGGGAGUUCUGUCGUGUGAGCCUUCACCACUGGAAGUGACACACAUCUGGUCCUAAGCCUGAAACUGUGUGCGUCGCCCCUGAGUCGUCGUCACCUCGGAGGCUAGCUUGGAGGACUUGAGGUUUUUUACACUUUGACAGCUGAUUUUUUUUCUGGCUAUUGUGAAGUCUUGUUAUUUUGACAGAUGCAUGUUUUUUAAAUGGAUGCGACACACAUUUGAAGAUAGAAAUGUUUGGAGUUUUGUUUAAAUUUAAAUCACGAAGAAAAGCGUUCCAGAGCAUUGUGGAGCUUAGCUAGUGCCGGUUUCUGAAAGCAACUAUCAUGCCGUGUUUUAUCUGGUCCUUCUCACACAGUGCUCAACAAUAGACACGAGUUGCAAGUGCAGAUGUAAAUGGAAAUCUCCUAGUGUGCCCUAUUAGGAAAAGUAAAAAUAGGUCAAUUAAUUUUUAUAAUUUAUUCAACAUUAUAUAUACAGGUUACUUUAUGUCAUCAGUGGAAAAUAAUAUUGAAAUAGCUUUCAUCUUUUUCUUGAACCAAGUCUUCAAAAUCCAGCAUGUAUUUAUGACACACUGCAAUCUGAACGAAGUAUGCUGGACAGGAUCUAAUUAAGGAUAUUGGACAGCAAAGCCUUCUCAUUAAAAAACCACACCUGUCUCGCUGAACAGCUGAACAUUUCAAAACAACGGUUUAAUCCAUUAUUUUGUUUUGCAGUUUCAUUUAAAUGUUAAUUUACAAAGCAUUAAACUCAUCAAAUUAAGUAUUCCAUCUUGAAUUCAGUGAAGGUCCAACUUCCCAAAGGGGUGAAAAAACAAAAGUAUGGGGAGUCAGUGCAAUCUGUAGCGAUGUUAUGAAGUUAACUUCUGUGUGGCACCCAUAAAGUAAUCAUGAGCGGGAAAUAAAAAUUAAGUAUCUUGUUACUAAACCAGAUGUGUUAAGGUUUUAAAACCCAUAUGGAGUGUCAACGUGCCCGGCGAGUAUCUUAACUAAGGAUCUCAGCCAUGUUCACACCUGACAGCAUUCUCUUACUCAAAGUAGAAAUAUUCACGAGUCUAUGGUGGGUGAUGAGCUGGUUUCCAGUUCAACAGUUGAGCACCGUGUUCUAUACAGAUUCCCACAAACUGAUCGGACAUCGAGGUGAGCUAGGUAAAUAGUCACAGAAAGUUAUCUGUCACAGAUCACAUUUUUAAAAAGUGACUUUUUUAGUUAGCUGUCGUUAUUUAUUGUCCUUAAAAGGCAGAGAUGGCCAUUAAAACCAAAGCAUGGGCAUCAUGUUGCACAAAGCUGGUACCACAUCCAUGCACUUUGUAAUUAUCAGUGUUUGCUUUUCUCAGAUGAUCAAAGGAAAAGGGGGAAAGAAUCUUUCAAUGAGAAGAGAGUAUGAUAUUUGUAGUGAUUGACACUGGGUCCAAUUAGUCCCACCCUUAGAAAUAAAGACAUAGUAAACAAUGUCAAUUGUGUGUUUGACGUGUAUAUUCAUGUACAUAAACAAGAGAAAUGUUAAGAUAUCCAGUCAGGAAUCAGAAGCUUAAAAACUCAUCUUUCCUAAAACUUGUGGGAGGGACAAAGCAUUAAGUAUCCAGGGAGAAUAUGAUGAACAUGAUUAAACUGGACCAGACCUCCGGGGCAAAUAAGGAUUCGCAAGACAUAAAGACAUAAAAGCUUUGUAUUAAGUAACUGAAUAGUUUCCAUUUUAAAGAUAGAAGAUGAAAAUGAACAACAGAAAAUGGAUGGGUUGAUCAUAACUUCGGACAAUAUUUAGUUUUCCUAUUUCUCCUCUAGUUCAUUUUAGUAGGUACACAACUAAUCCAGCAUUCGGGAGGUUUGUUAUCCUUUGCUACACUGCGAGUCCCGAAUAGAGGCCAGCCUAGGCUAUAAGACCUUUUCCCAAAAACAAAAUAUAACAAACAAGCUUUAAAAUUACACAAAUACAGCCAGUAUUGAAACCAUCUUUGCACAUCUGAGUGGUAACGGGGUUUUCACUUAAUAACAAAAACGUUUGGCUUUGUUGACCUGACUUAGAGCUCACGGAGAGACCUGCUUUCCAGAAUGGCAUCAUCGUGAGGUGUGUUUACCCGCUCUGUUGUACAAAAUAAAUGAGCUGAAACCUAAAACUGGAUUGCUGAGCUUACAGUGUUAAAACCGGAUUUUUACAAACACAAAGUAAAGCUGGGGUAUUAGAAGUGCUAUAAACCACAGACAUUGAAAAUGUUUCUGUCAAGAGUUGACAUUUCCAUUCGUUGUAAUUAAAUAUUCAAUUGAGAAGGAAUUAAAACACUUAAAAAGUGGAGCUCAGAGUUGGGAGAGAUGGAUCACUGGUUAGGACACUCUGCUCUCAUAGCCGGUCCCGGUGAGUUCCCAGUACCCACACAACAGUUCACAAACACCAUACCUGCUCCACGGUGCCAAACACCUUCUUCUGGGCUCUGAAGGUACCCUACCCCUGCCCACAAGGACAGAUACACACAUAAUUACAAAGAACAAAUCUAAAGUGACAACUCCCCCAAGCAGGUUAACUUUAAAUAUAAAAAUAACAAAACCCUACAAAAAUAAAGAAAAAAAAGAUAACUUUGAGUCCCAAUAACCCAGAAUACUGCAUGGCAGAGUCUUUCUCAGAAUAUCCCAGGACCAAAACCCCACCCAGAGCUGCCGCUAUAGGUAAUGAUAUUCCACAAGAACCCUUGAACUUAAGCUUUUCCUCUGUGGAAAGGACCUUGGGUACCCUUUAGACACUUAUUCUUCUGCUGAAAUGAGGUCAUUGCCACACUGACAUUAUAAAAAUCACAAUGGUCGGGGUGGGAAGUAGCAAGGUCAUUUAUGCUGUGAGAUAUAACUUACCUGGCCUUGCCAAUGAAUAUGUUGGGGCAAAUAUUAAGUGGGGAACCUAAAGCUUACCACUGUAAUUUUUAUAGUCGUGUCCUUCCAUCAGCCCAAUGGUGCUAUUUUGCACAAUGAUACAAUGAAAGGAAGUGUUGUCAUUUGGGGCUGCAGCAGCAAGUCUCCCACACCUGAAGAAACCCACGGUGAAACCAGAGAUAACGCUCAAAGGAGGAAGUAUUUUAACGAUGUGCAAUUUUUGAGACUGGGCAUUUGUACUUCUUUAGUUGUAUCUAAUUGUCUUUCAUUAACAAUUCACUGUUUGUGAGUAAUGUGUGCUUACGACAACCUAAGGGAACUGUCUGUGAACUUUGUAUAUUAAACAAAUGCUCCGAAUCUUGGCUAUAGCUCCUCUACUUCCUGCCUGUGUAACGGGAUUCCUAGAGUUGUAUUGAGACCAUCCCAAACCAUUGAAUUCUUAAGAUUUCAUAAUGGUCUGAGUCUUUAAAUAGAAUUUGAAGAUACCUAUGUCAAAUCUAUAGUUAUUAAUCUCGUGUUAUUACUGGCAACUUGGGGGCCCCACUUAGGAUGUCAUGUUACUGAGAAAACUGGGGAGCCCUUUAGGGGCACUUAGUCUCAUCAAUAAAAUAACUGAGAACAGACACAGAGGGAAGCUCCAAACCAUUUUAUUAGACUUUCAUCAACCACAGGGCGGACAAAAUGGAAAUCGCAACAGCUACCGGGAGGACGAGACAUUGCAGAUGCAAUCUGAGUAAAGAUAGCAUGUUUAACAACAGCUGUUAGCCACAUUUUGAACAAGCAGGCACAUAGACAUGUAGGAAGGCUCCAGAGUAAAAGUGAGAGCCCAAAGGGUAAGGGAAAGCAUGCCCAAGGUCAGGACCGUUCUGGAGGAAGACAGAAAAGAAAGAAAUCACAGCUUUUUCUGAGAGGUGUGCAACCUAAUAGAGCUUCAUGGCAGCUCAAUAUUGACUGUACCUGGGAAUGGCUUCCUAGGAAAGAAAAGUACAUUAUCUCAUUAAAGAGAUAAUUAUUCCUCCUCUCUUCCACAUGAACUAAAGUGAACUGGCCUUCCUAAGUGGUAGAUGGACCAGCACAAUCAGACUAACUCUGAUGUUUUGGGUAGCUUGGACUAUUAGGUCUCCAAACAGGCCUGGAGUAGACAGCAUUCUUUUGAAAAAGAAGAAAUACCAGCCUUCAAAAUAGAUAAGAAUAAAUAUACAUUAGCCAAAGGAAAUAAUACAUAAACUUCCAAAACCCAUUUUGAAAGCAUCUGAGGAGUAUUACAUUAUGAACAAGGAGGCAUCUCACAGCACACAGCUGCUCAGUUCCCACGGUGCUCUGUCAGAUUGGACAGACAGUUCCUCCUCGUAGCCUGGGGCUGUUUGCACAGAACUUCCAGCUGCUAAAGCCCAAGUUUCUAGCUCCAUCAAAGAAAAAGGCUUCAGGACAAGCCAACAGAGUUGGCCUCAUUAAAAAGCAAAGGGUGCUUCCGGACAGAGCAGGGCACACCCACCCAAGAGUAUGGUGUCUGCUUUCCUGGGGUCACCUCAGUGUGUUACAAUGAGCAUGUCUACAUAUGCACACUCGUAUUCCUGCAGCUCCCCCAGUGUCUACAUAGUCACUUACUAUAUAUAAUGCUUAAGGAGUAGACUAAUAGGAAGAGAGUUCUGUCUUGUGGAAUUACACGAGAGAUUUACCACAUGAUUCAGGUCUCAGGGAAAACAAUACGGAGUACAGUCUGCUUGCCUGUAAGAUGAAAAUGAUACUACAUCCCUUACAGCAAAUACAGCAGGGCUUUUAAACACAGAGAUCCAACAGAUGAACAUUGAGCAAACUAGUGUUUAUGCAUUUAGAAACGCUGAAAAAGUAAUGAGAUAAUAAUGUUAAAGUUAAGAAAAGGACUUAGUGGAAACUGCUAGUACCACAACUUACGAAUGUGCACAGGGCCACACCUUUUGACUGGUAUUCUGUAACAGUGACCUGCUGCCUGGGAACAGGCAGGAAAGAGACAUCUGUGUCACUCAGCUGUUCUCUGAAAGAUCAAUUAGUUACUUUUGUGCUCUGUGAUCUAAAUUCCUAGCAGGAAAACAAUUAAGGAAAAGUGUAUUGUGACUCAGUUCCAGAACUUCAGUUUGCCACGGCUUAAGGACACAACUUGUCCCAUGGUGGGAAACUGAACUGGACCCAUGUAGUAAGGAGAGGGCCGCUGGUUGGUUCCUGGCCACUUAGCUCUGAAAUAAUCACAGAAACUGUAUUAAUCAAAUCACUGCUUGGCCCAUUAGCUCUAGCUUCUUAUUGGCUAACCCUUACAUAUUAAUUCAACCAAUUUCUGUUAAUCUGAGUAUCGCCACGUGGCUGUGACUUACUGGCUAAAGUUCACAGUAUCUGUCUCCGGUGGCUCCAUGACUUCUGACUCCAACCCUUCUUUCUUCUAGCAUACAGCCCAGCUUUCCCAGCCUAGUUCUGUUCUUCCCUGCCAUAGGCUCAAAGCAGGUCUUUAUUUAUUAACCAAUAAAGCAACAUAGAAGGACCUUCCAUACCAAACCCAGGCAGGUUAUAGCCUUCAAAGAGCUGCCCCUAUGGACAGCCAAGCCCCAUCUCAUAAAUACUCCACAACCGUGAGAACAGCCCCAGAAGGUGCAGUCUGCAUGUCCCAAGCGUGACCUUGUGGGGGGACAUAUAGAAUUCAAACCACAACAUUCUGACUUUGGCCUCAAGUUUAUGGGUAUCCCAAAAUGCAUUUAGUUAAACAUCAUCGUCAUCUGAAGUCUCCAUGGCCCUUGAAUAGUUCCAACAUUUGUCAAAAGUCCAAAUUGUCUUCUGAGAACCAAUCCAAAUUUGGAGUGGUUCUCUGGAAAAUCACAGAACAAGUUACCUCCAAUGCACAAUGGCACACAGUAAAAAUGCCACCCAAGAACAAAGCCCAUCAGUGCAAUCCUGUGUUGUGUCCGGCCUUGAGGGCAGCUGGUGGCAGUGGGGUUGAGAACACUGACCCUUCAGACUCUCACACAUGGACUACUGAGCCAGACUGAUCACUCUGUUCCUGUCUACUGUCUCUACAUCCUCCCAUCCCCCAGCACUGAGACACUAGAAACCUGCCACACAGCCCUGCUAAGGAAAGAGACUCAGGCCCUCUAUAGCACUUCACUGACCAAGCUGUCUUCUUAACCCCAUUUUUCCAAUUUUCCCUUCAGCAAAAUUCAGGUUAAAUGGCCUUUGAAGGACAAUGCUGUUUUGGAUGUAGAUUAACAUAUCCUGUUUAUGUGCCAGAAAACUGUCUCCCCUGCUCCCCCACCAGGACGGCGAUGUUCAGAGCUGGCAGGACUUCAGGAGGUAGGGCUGGCUCCUCUCCCUGCCGCAUACCCUGUCUUGCUUUCUAUCAAUGACGCUGUGGCUAUGACGUGAUACAGACAGAGAAGCCUCUCCACAACUACACUGUUACUAUUUAGUCUCAUCUGAGUUCCCAAUCCCAAGUAUUUAGCU